AUGUCUAUGGUUGAAUCCAAAACUAGAAUUUAUGAUGUGAGGAACUAUGGUGCCAAUGGCGAUGGAAAAUCUGAUGAUUCUAAGGCUUUUAUGAGUGCAUGGAAUGACAUAUGUGGAAGACAUGGUACACCAACUCUCUUGAUACCACAAAAUAGAGUGUUCAUGGUGAAGAGGAACAUAAUCAUGAAAGGUCCUUGCAAGGCCAAAAAUAUUAAUAUUCAGCUUCAUGGAAGAAUAGUGGCAGCACAAAAGAAUGCAUGGCAAGGUUAUAAAUCAACCAUGAUUUUGUUCACAAACAUAAACGGUCUCAGAAUUUUCGGAAAAGGAGGAUUAAUCGAUGGUUAUGGUUCCUCUUGGUGGCCAUGCAAACAUUGUCCAAGGCCAUCGGUCCUUGCUUUCAAUGCAUGCAAUGGUCUUUAUGUUGGUUAUCUGAGGAUCACAAAUAGUCCCAAAGCUCACAUAACCAUAAAUGGUUGUGAAGGUGCCAAAUUCUCUCAUAUUACCAUUCGUUCUCCUGCUGAUAGCCCUAACACUGAUGGAAUCGACAUUUCUUUUUCUAAAAAUAUAUUGAUAAGAGAUUCCAACAUAGCUUCUGGUGAUGAUUGUAUUGCAAUCAUAGGUGAAUCUUCUUACAUUAAUGCCACUGGAAUUGCUUGUGGACCAGGCCAUGGAAUAAGCAUUGGUAGCUUGGGUAGAAUCAAUGGCCAUGACAACGUGGAACAUGUUCGUGUUUAUAAUUGUAGCUUCACAAAAACUACAAAUGGAGCAAGAAUCAAGACAUUUUCGGGUGGAUCAGGUUACGCCAAAAGAAUAACGUUUGAGAAAAUCAAAUUAAACCAAGUUUACAACCCAAUAAUUAUAGAUCAACACUAUAAUAACAUAAUGAAUGCAGGAGGAGGAGUCCAAGUGAGUGAUGUGACAUUUCGAGGGUUUCGAGGAACGUCUGCAAAUGACAAAGCUAUUAAUUUAGCUUGUGGUUCAUCAGGUUGCUUCAACAUUGUGUUGGAUAAAAUCAAAAUAAUUUCUUCCAAACCAGGAAAUCCAACUUCUUGUUCUUGUAGAAAUGUUCAUGGAAGAUCUACAUCCACUAUUCCAAAUUGUAAUUCCUCAUUGAGAUGA